AGCGGUGAGGACAGCUUUGUUGGGUCCUCGAGUCCUUAACAUGCACAUGCGCGGAACGAACUUCCUCUUUCUCGGUGGACGCCAUGGCGGAUGCAGAAAAAAAAAAGAUUCCGGCAGUCCCUGAGAGCCUUUUGAAAAGGCGUAAGGCCUACGCCACCAUGAAGGCCGUCCGCAUCAAGAAGAUGCUGGCUGAGAAAAAGUCUCGCAAAGUUACCAGGAAACUGAUCUACAAGAGAGCUGAAAAGUAUUACAAGGAGUACUGGCAGAUGGAAAGGCGUGAGAUCCGCCUGUCUCGUACUGCCCGCAAAGUAGGAAACUACUAUGUGCCAGCUGAGCCCAAACUGGCCUUUGUCAUCAGGAUCAGAGGUAUCAACGGUGUCAGCCCCAAGGUCCGCAAAGUUCUGCAACUGCUCCGUCUACGCCAGAUCUUCAAUGGUGUCUUCGUCAAGCUGAACAAGGCUUCAAUUAACAUGCUCCGAAUUGCAGAACCUUACAUAGCUUGGGGAUACCCCAACCUGAAGUCUGUGCGUGAGCUCAUCUACAAGCGUGGCUUUGGGAAGAUCAGGAAACAACGUAUUGCCCUCACAGACAACGCUUUGGUGGAGAAGAGCCUUGGCAAACGCGGCAUCAUCUGUAUGGAGGACCUCAUCCAUGAGAUUUUCACUGUCUGCAAGAACUUCAAGGCGGCCAACAACUUCCUGUGGCCCUUCAAACUGUCGUCACCUCGUGGUGGAAUGAACAAGAAGACCACACACUUUGUGGAGGGAGGAGAUGCUGGCAACAGGGAGGAUCAGAUCAACAGAAUGAUCAGGAGGAUGAAUUAAUAGUGAGUUACAAUAAGGCUUGCAGACCUUCAGAGUAAACGUGUUUCAUUUGAAGUGGUUUAGGAUGCACAUUUUUCCCCGUCUUAUCGAUUAUGGUGACAACUAACUAAGGAUAAGCCAAUUUGGUCUGAAACCACAUCUUCACCUGUUAAACCUUCAAAUGUUACACUAAAAUAUGUGUGAAACUCAAUUUUAACCACUCUGUUUUUCCCUUUCAGGUUUGUACAAGAUUCAAAAUAAAAGUUGCAAAAAAUGUGA